CGCCGGGCUGUGCUCCGGGCAGCUCUCUACGUGCCCCCAGUGGCCCUGCGAACGGUCCAGCUCGGGUGCGUCCUCAGCAUUCUGUCUGACCUGACUGGUGAAGUGCGCGAGUGCACCGGUGCCUCGAUGCUUCCGACCUUGGCUCCCGAAGGCGACUUUCUCCUGCACCUUCAUCUGCCCUUCUAUCGCCUCGUCUCGCCCCUGCUACGACCCAACCCGCCCGACUUGAUCUCGCUGCCCAACGUCGGGGGGCCAAAGGGAAAGCUAGAUCCUGCAAUGGGCACCGGUCUCAGGCUCGGCGACUUGGUCGUGGCAGUCUCACCGAGGGAUCACAGCCGAAUGAUCUGCAAAAGGGUACUCGGCCUGCCCGGCGAUACGGUCCUGGUCGAUCCUCGAGUCGAUGCCCCGAGCAAUCACGCCGAGGCCGCUUCCGCAACACCAAAGCCUCGAUACAUCACUGUGCCUCGGGGUCACGUUUGGCUUGGCGGUGACAACCUAGGUAACAGCACAGACAGCCGGAUCUACGGCCCCGUCCCUCUUGGCCUUGUCCAGGGUGUCAUUGUUGCAAAGGUCUGGCCAAGAUUCUCGUGGCUCGGCAACAACAUCCGCCCGGCACAAUGAAAUUCCUACCUUCCAUCAUCCUCCUGUACUGUAGCAUCGCACAUCACAUCAACAUUACACCUGUAAUUCAAAGCAUAAAUCACCAG